AUGACUUCCAAACCCGCCAUCGGCUUCUGCGGCCUCGGAGCCAUGGGCUUCGGCAUGGCCACCCACCUCGUCAAGCAAGGCUACCCCGUCACCGGCUUCGACGUCUACGCGCCGACCCUCGAGCGCUUCUCCCAAGCCGGCGGCACGCCUUCGACGUCGCUCUCAGAGUCCGCAAAAGACAAGCAAUACUACAUCUGCAUGGUGGCGACGGCGCAGCAAGCGGAGCAGGCCCUCUUUAGCGACGAUGGCAUCGUAAAGGGUCUGCCAAAGGGGAGCGUGUUGUAUCUGACGAGCACCGUGCCGAGUUCGUAUGCGCAGCACGUGGAGAAGAAGUUGGGACAUAUUGGGAGAGGGGACAUUUACUUCAUUGAUGCGCCGGUGUCCGGGGGUGCGAUACGUGCGGGGGAAGGUACGCUGAGUAUCAUGGCAGGCGCGUCUGACGCAGCGUUCGAAAAGGGGAAGUUCUUGCUUGAUGAGCUGACUGCGCCGUCGAAGCUGUUUAUCGUGGCGGGCGGCAUAGGCGCGGGAUCGAACAUGAAAAUGGUGCACCAGGUGCUUGCGGCAAUUCACAUCAUCUCUGUGAGCGAGGCGUUUGGAUUUGCGGCGAGGCUUGGACUCAAUGGGAACGAUGUGAGAGAGCACAUCGUGGGCGGGAAGGCGUGGAGCUGGAUGUUUGAGAAUCGGAGUGUGAGGACGUUGAAAGAGGAUUACUUUCCAGGCGCGAGUGCUGUGACGAUUAUCUUGAAGGAUACGGGCAUUAUCACUUCCAUGGCGAAUCUCGUCGAUUUCCCAGUGCCGUUAUGCUCCAUCGCAGAGCAACUUUAUAUCACUGGCCUAGACAAGGACUUUGGUCCAAAUGACGACGCUGGGCUUGUGCGCCUAUGGACGUCUCAGCCGGUUGCAAGCAUACAAAGCUCACUUUCAGAAGAAGACAAGCAAGCAAAGCUCGAGCUUGUGAGCAAUCUCCUCAACGGUAUUCACCUAUGUGCCGCCGCCGAAGGUAUAGCAUUUGCAAAGCAUCUCGGCGUACCGUUGGCCCAGUACUACGAGCUUUGCGUUGAGGCGGCAGGGGGAAGUGUCCAAUAUAAAGAGCAGGGUGCGAACAUGAUUGACAUCUUAGAGGGUAAGCACGGCCAGGCAGCGGCCAACCUUCAGAGCUACCGUGAUGGAUUGAAGGUGACUAUAGCGGAGGCGCGGGAUAAAAAGAUCCCGUUGCACCUAGGGAAUGGAGCGCUGAGUCUGUUGGAGCAGGCUGGCAAAGAUGUUAAUCUAACAUCUUUGUUGAAGCUGUACAGUGUACAAUGA